CAUGCGAUGCAGGCGCCCAGAUUGUCUAGAAACCGUCACAACAUAUACUAUUCCCCUGGCAGUUUCACUGGAUGGUGAAGCUCCACUAGACGUUAACCGAAACAUCACAUCUGAACCAGGGACGGGGCCAAGUUAUGCUCCGACGGUUUUCUUCCGGCGCGACGAAUAACAAGGGCGGGUGGUUUCAAUCAUUGCCGUUUCGAGACGUAAAGAAGCUAUACGCAACCACUUCUGCUUUGUUCUGCGCCUCACCUCGCACACACUUUGCUUCGGUUCAGGUCUGCUUCGGAAACACAAUUUUAGGUGUACUCGGCGGCCCGUGCUUCUAUUCUUUGCAUAACUCCACCGUUGCAGGGGAAAAUUCGGACAGCGCGGAGCCCGGACGAGAUCACAACCAGACAAACCCUGCCAUAUUCCACGCAACAACAGCCUCCCGUGGUCUACCUUGUCGAAGAGAUUACGAAUCACUACACAGAUAGAGUGUCAAUGACAGUGACUAAAAAUCAGCCCUGGCCUUGGCUUGCCAGAUGAAACCACUGAGCCACCAUCCAGAAUCGGCGGAAGCAACAGCCAAGGCGCGAAGAAUACCCCAGACCCGCGGACGCUGUCCGCAUCCCUGAUCUGAUAACGUCAGACGCUCCAUGUGUACUAAUUGCAUGACAAUGAUUCGUGAUGCGUGCCGAUCAUCCACCUUCCAGGGUCAAGUUCCCUGAGCUUCUAUCCUCCGCUGCGGAUCCACGUACGCGGCGCCAAGAAGCUUCCAUUGCCCAGCCGGCAUCUCGGAGUCCCUCUAGGGUUUCCAAUUGCCGCCAGGGUACGCGAUGACGAGUCCUCUGACAGUUGAGAUAUCA